AAUCGAUCAUUAUACACGAAUUGAAUUACAACAUCAAUCUAUCAAAUUAACGAUACAAAUGUUUUGAUCGCUGAAUAAUCAUAUAUAUGGCGGGGGCGGCUUCAGCAUUAUUCAUACUCGAUAUCAAAGGAUAUGUUCUCAUCUCUCGCCAUUAUCGUGCCGAUGUUUCGUCCAUUGAAGCCCAAAAGUUGUUCACCAAACUCCUUGAAAAAGAGGGAGAUAUACAGUCACAGGGUCCAGUGAUCAUCGACAAUGGAGUCUCGUAUGUGUUCAUUCAGCACAAGAAUGUGUAUCUAAUGACCGCAUCAAGGCAUAACUGUAAUGUUGGCAGCCUACUUGUUUUUCUCCACCGGUUAGCUAGUGUUUUCAAGCAUUACUUUAGGGAGUUUGAAGAGGAAUCUCUUCGUGAUAACUUUGUUGUAAUCUAUGAAUUACUCGACGAGGUAAUGGAUUUUGGUUACCCUCAGUAUACAGAAGCUAAGAUCUUAAGUGAGUUUAUAAAAUCAGAUGCUUAUAGGAUGGAAAUUACUCAACGACCUCCAAUGGCUGUCACCAAUGCGGUUUCUUGGAGAAAUGAAGGGAUACACUACAAGAAGAAUCAAGUCUUCCUUGAUGUGGUCGAAUCUGUUAACACACUGGUCUACAGCAAUGGGCAGGUACUCCGAUCAGAUGUUGUUGGGGAAUUGAAGAUGAGAACAUAUUUAAGUGGCAUGCCUGAGUGUAAGCUUGGGCUUAAUGAUAGACUUCUGUUGGAGGCUCAAGGUGGAACAAGAGGAAAAACCAUUGAUUUGGAUGACAUCAGAUUUCAUCAGUGUGUACGCCUGGCAAGGUUUGAGAGUGACAGGACUAUAUCAUUUAUACCUCCGGAUGGAUCGUUUGAUCUGAUGACUUAUAGACAUAGUACCCAGGUAAAACCUCUUAUUUGGGUUGAGGCUAUAAUUGAAAAGCAUGCACGAAGCAGAGUUGAAAUGCUUAUCAAAGCUCGAAGCCAGUUCAAGGAACGAAGCACUGCAACAAAUGUACAAAUUGACAUACCUGUGCCAUCUGAUGCUACAAAACCUAUUGUCCGGACAACAAUGGGAUCUGCAUCAUAUGCUCCUGAACAUGAUUCACUAGUAUGGAGGAUCAGAUCCUUCCCCGGCAACAAGGAGUAUAUGUUAAGGGCAGAAUUUAAACUUCCUAGCGUAACUUCUGAAGAUGCAACUCCUGACAGAAAAGCUCCAAUUCGUGUGAAGUUUGACAUACCUUAUUUUACCAUUUCUGGAAUUCAGGUUCGUUAUCUCAAGGUUAUUGAAAAAAGCGGAUACCAGACGAUUCCAUGGGUGAGAUACAUCACAAUGGCCGGGGAAUAUGAAAUACGAAUAACAUGAUAAUUGAUAAUCAUCUUCAGAUAAUACAAGCCUACUUAUUAUAUGGUACAUAGGCAAGCAGAUAUUUUAUGGGAAGUUUGAAAUUCAAUAAGUAGCCAGAAAUCAGGAGC